AUGGAAGGAAAAAAUCACACAGAAGUUUCAGAAUUUCUCCUUAUGGGCCUCUCAGAGGAUCCAGAACUGCAGCCCGUCCUCUUUGGGCUGUUCCUGUCCAUGUACCUGGUCACCGUGUUUGGGAACCUGCUCAUUAUCCUGACCGUCAGCUCUGACUCCCACCUGCACAGUCCCAUGUCCUUCUUCCUCUCCACCCUGUCCUUCGUAGACAUCUGUUUUGUCUCUACCACUGUCCCCAAGAUGCUGGUGAACAUCCAGACACACAGCAGAGAUAUCUCUUAUAGAGGGUGCCUCACUCAGAUGUAUUUUUUUAUAAUUUUUGCUGGGCUGGAUAAUUUGCUACUGACCAUGAUGGCCUAUGACAGGUUUGUGGCCAUCUGUCACCCCCUGCACUACACAGUCAUCAUGAACCCCCGUCUGUGUGUCCUCCUGGUUCUGAUGUCUUGGUUCAUCAUUUUCUGGGAUGCUCUGCUUCACAUUCUACUGAUAACACGGCUGAUCUUCUCUGCAGGGACUGAGAUUCCACAUUUCUUCUGUGACCUUCCUGAGAUUCUCAAGGUGGCUAGAUCUGAUACCAUCCUCAAUAACAUUUUUUUGUAUGUGACAACUGGCCUGCUGGGGGUGUUUCCUGUCAUUGGGAUCCUUUACUCUUAUUCUCAGAUUAUCUCCUCCUUAAUGAAGAUGUCCUCCACAGAAAGUAAGUGUAAAGCCUUUUCUACCUGUGGGUCUCACCUCUCUGUGGUCUCCUUGUUCUAUGGGACAGUACUUGGGGUCUACCUCAGUUCCUCUGUGACACCUUCUCAAAGAAGUUCGAUCGCUUCAGUGAUGUAUACAGUGGUCACCCCCAUGCUGAACCCCUUCAUCUACACAUUGAGGAACAAGGAUGUGAAGGGGGCCCUGGAGAGACUCCUCGGCAGAACAGUUCUUGACCUGCUCAAAAUUAAAUGA